AUGCCCCGCAAAGCUGCUGCUGCUGCUACCACUGAGUCUGGGGAUGCUGUUGCCCCUCGUCGCUCAAGUCGUAUCAAGGAACAACCAAAAGAAGAACCUGCGCCCAAGAAGGCCCCAGCAAAGCCCAGGGCUAAGAAAGUCGCCAAAGACGACGAAACUAAAGAAGAUAAGCCUAAAUCGGCCAAGGGCACGAAGCGCAAAGCAUCUGAUGAACAAAACGGUGCUGCGGAGGGCGCAGAGGAGCCUGCCGCUAAAAAGGCCAAACCCGCAUCUAAAGCCAAACCUGCUUCAUCCAAACCUGCUUCUGCUGCAGCUGCUAAGCCUUCUUCAAAGGCAUCCGCAAAACCUGCAUCCAAGGCGUCUGUGAAACCUGCAUCUAAGGCAACCAAGCCCGCUUCCCGUGCUGCUUCAGCGAAGCCUCCUUCCCGAGCGGGAUCCAAGAAGCCUGCUUCCAAGGCUGAAGCUGCUCCAACAACUGCAGCUGCCAAAGUUGACGAGACUAUUGCUGAGGAACCGGAAGCAGAGGCCGCCGCCGCUGAGGCCGUUCCUGAACCCACUCCUGCUCCCGCCGCCGAGGUUUGUAAUCAUUUUUAG